AUGGCAGAACACGAGGAUGGGACAGAUAUGGAUUCUAAAAGCAAUGAUAAGAAUAAAGGAGCCGACGACGAGCUUAUUAGUUCAACAGAAGAUGCAGAACAAAAUGAGAUUGACUUAGAUAGGGCACUGGAUUAUAUUGAAGAUAAAGACAACAGUUCAACAGCGGAGGAAAGUGCUAAAGAGGCUGGUAGUAGAAAUGAGCGGACAGGAGUGGAUUCAGUUAUUCUACCAAAUGAGGAAAAUAACGACAAAGAAAAUGGUUUGGAUGUUGAAAGGAAUAAGUCAAGUGCAUCCGAAGAGAUGAAAGAACAAAAGGAAAACGAAGGUGAACUUCAGAGCUCUAUAAAAACGACCAACGAUAACAAAUCCAUGGAAAAGGAGAAGGACAAUGUUAUUGAUGAUAACGUUUCGAAUAGAACUGAAGCAUCGGACAACAUCAGCACCUAUACAGAAGAGCAAAAAGUUGAUUUAGACAAAAAUCCUUGUGAAGAUGAUGUAGAUGUCGAAAAAGGAUAUUUGGAAAAGAGUAUUGGGAAAGCGGGAAAAGAAACUCCCAAUGCUGGCAUGGAUACUGCUGACAAGGAAAAAGAGCCAAUACGGUUUUGUAAAUUCAUCGCAGAGAAACCUUGUGUUGCUUUUGGAAUCGCUCUCGGAGGACAUAUUCUAUUGACACUGGUAACUGGUAUCUUAUUUGUAUCGGGGUAUGACAUCCUACCUACCAAUUUCAAAGCGGUGCCUCUUGAUCUCACAAACGAUGACCACUUUCUCCGCGGAGAAGCUUGGAACAACAAGGAUGAUGAUCCAACCAUUCAUUCCAAACUCGUCAGUGGUACAGUGCUCCAAAAACAAGCGUUCAAGUAUCAAGCAAUAGAACUGAUGUAUGAAAUUCCCAAUGGGAACGUUUUCACGAAAGCCACUUUAGAAAAAAUAGCGGAGGUUGAGCAAUCUAUUUUUGACCUACCUAACUUUGGGGAUUAUUGUUUGGCUGCAUCAGACGGUAGUUGCAAAAAGGCAUCAUCUAUCAUUCGCUUCUUUGAUGGGAGUUACAGCGCACUAAGUGUCAGCCUUAAUGAUCCUACCUUUGAGAAUAUCCCGGCAGCGUUGAACUUUGCAAAUACAAGCGACCACACUAAAUCAGGGCUGCAAUACCAUCUCGGCAAAGAGGCAAAUGUGGACAUAGCGACAAAUGCAGCAUCUUCAGCCAUUACGCGUUCUGUUAUUUACCUAGGUUGGCCACUUGAUGGCUAUGACAACUUCGAAGAUCGCCAAACUGAACAGACAGACAAAAUCGAGAAUUUUCUUAUGGACACAGUGCGAGCCAAGCUCUACGAACUGAUCGAUACGGGAGUUGGUGAUGCGGACUUUAUAUUCAAUUGUAGAAUUCUUUAUACCGAAGACUUGAAUUCCCAAGUGAUCCUGGAUAUGAUGUUGGCUGGUGGAAGUUUCACGUUCAUCUUCGGCUUCAUGUGCUUUCAGACCAAAUCUUUGUUCAUAAGUGGAUUUGCUAUAAUGAGCAUCCUCACCAGUUUCCUUGGCGCAAACAUGAUUUAUAGGAUCGUUCUUGACUACGCGUAUUUCGGAAUUUUCCACGUUCUCUCCGUUUUCAUCAUCCUUGGUAUAGGAGCGGAUGAUAUAUUCGUGUUUUACGACACGUGGCGUGCAAGUGAACUGGGCAAUUAUCCAACACUUGCCCACCGACUAUCGGACUGCUAUAAAAAAGCCGCAAAGGCCAUGUUCAUAACAUCACUAACUACAAUGUGCGCAUUUUUUGCAAGUGCCUUAUCACCUCUGCUUGCAGUUUCCUCAUUUGGUCUAUUUUCUGGGAUAUUAGUAUUUGUUAAUUACUGUAGCGUAGUCAUAUUUUUCCCAACGGUUGUGGCUGUUUACCAUGUUAAAUAUGAACACUGGACUUGGCCAUGCUGCAGGCCAUGUACGAGCGCGAAGAUUACACCCUCAGAGAGCAAGAAAAAUCUCGUAGAGGAAAUUAAAACCAAAAACAUUAUUGUAACAUUCUUUGAGGAGAAGUACUUCAGAUUCGUUACACAUAAAAUCAUACGAUGGGUGAUAAUGGUUUUCUUCACUGGCCUGUUAGGGUUCUUCAUUUACUAUGCAACACUGCUGAAACCAGACGAAGAAUCGGUGAAAAUCUAUAAAGAGGAUACUAACUAUGGUAAAGCUAACUUAAAACGGUUGAAUGCCUUCAAGCCUAGUUCAGAGGAUGACAUCAUCCACGUUUAUCUCGUUUGGGGGCUCAAGAACCAGGACAGAUCAAUGUGCCAUAAAACUGACUUCGAAAACUGCACGGGAACCACAGUUUGGGACAAUGGAUUCGAUCUCAACCCGGCUCCAGCUCAAAAAGCGAUUAAGGAACUCUGUCACCGUCUCAGGACACUGAGUAAUGAAGAGAAUGAGAAUCUCCACAUCAGGCGUGACACCGUCACAAACCAACUUGAAAUACAGUGCUUUGUAGAAAACAUGGAUACUUUCCUUCAGGAUGAAUCUACCACAUUGAACGCUCUCAACGUACCCAAAUAUCCAACUGGAACUAAUCUAUCACUCCCAACAACUUCAGAAAGGAUAACGACAAUCAUGCAGGCGAACCCCCAUGUAUACGACCUUAGUAAAAAGUCGGACACAUUUUAUAGAUAUUUUGAGGUUGCCCUAUCAUAUUGGCUGAGCAACCGGUAUUCAGGAGCACCAAGCAGUGAUUAUGAGACAUUCUAUUCUCUUAUCGGCGAAGCUGAUGAUAGCGUCGAUACUCAGGAAAUUGGCACAACGGGCUACUAUUACGCCACGAGACUACGCUAUGCAGCCAUUAUGAUCAACACGACAUUGCCAUAUGGAAAUAUAGGCUAUGAGUUUGGCCUUCCGGUCGUAGACGCCUGGGAAACAUUUUUCAAUGAUGAGUUGAAGAAGAUGCCACCUUCAGUUCAAGGAGGGUUCAUGUGUACACCAGAAAAGAGUAAUAGUUGGCACUGGCUUAAAGUUCAAGAGGUUCUGUCCAAGUCUGCCAUUCAGGGCAUCAUCAUUGGCAUCAGUAUAGCGUUCCCUGUUCUCGUCCUCGCCACUAACAACAUCAUAAUCGGGUUCAUCGCUACCGUAUCCAUCAGUUGUAUUACAGUCACUAUCGUCGGCCUCAUUCCAUUGGUCGGGUGGAAACUAGGGGUACUCGAAUCAUUGAACCUUUCCUUGGUGGUUGGUCUGGCUGUUGACUACGUGGUUCAUCUGGCGGAAGGAUAUCAUAAUUCGCCAAAGGUUGAUCGGCUCGGAAGAACACAAGACAUGUUACGUGACGUCGGUAUAUCAGUCAUAUCCGGUUCCAUCACUACGCUAGGGGCAUCCCUGUUUAUGCUCUUUGCUAAGAUUCUUUUCUUCAUGCAGUUCGGACUGUUCAUGUUUGGAACAAUAGGAUUCGCAAUGUUAUAUGCUUUAGGGUUUUUCACAACACUAAUGGGCAUAUUAGGUCCACAGGGAAACGUUGGAUCCAUACAACCCCUGAAAACCUGGAUUUGGAACUUAUUUACUGGCCGCAGUAAAAAGGACGUAAAAUGUACCCAUUGUAAAGGGAAAGGAUUCCAUAAUCCUGAUGUAAAAUAGAACGAAGUUGGUGGCCUAUGUACAUAAACAUUAAUACACGUGUCUAUAGCUUUUAAAGCUGUGUCCAGCACAUAUGUAUGUAUUUUCGGAAUUUCACAUAAAUAACGACGAAUGUUUAAAAAAAUAAUAAAUAACAGUAUUUUAA